GUGGCGUCAUGAGCUAUUAGAUUUGGCGGGUUCAUCUGAAGUAUUCAUUAUCGUUCAGUAGGACGGAGCGGAACUUUAAGGGUAUCAGCAGAGGAAGUCAGAGUACCUAUGUGGUUUACGAAGGUUAGGGGUGAGGUAAAAGGCCUACCUUCAGACCGUGAAGGAAUAGCGCUGUUGUUCUACAAACGAAGAUAGUGCCUUUUAGAUGAAAACCAGCAACGCGAUGUCGCAGGAGUCUUUGCUGAAAGAAAUCAGCCAGUGGAAUGAGGAGAUGUGCCAGUCUGAGCUGGAGUCUGCUUUGCCUAAGGUGGUCUCCAUGUAUCAGUGUUGCAGUGGCUGGGCAGAACAUAUUCGUUUGCUGAAAAUCCUUAUGGAAAUGUUUUUACCUCACAUCAGCUUUACAGAGUUGGAACAAUCAUUUUUUUCACAAGUAUUGCCAAAGGCAGUGAACCUGUUUGAUACGUUAAUGGAUGAGCUGUCUGGUCAGGCUGGAGCAUUGUCAAGUCAGAACACAGAACUCCGAGCAGCACUGAGAAAUGUUUUGCAGACUGUGAUACAGUUACUGGAGACCCUGUCUGUGUGCAUUCGACAUCUCUGUUCCACUCACGAACUGCUUUCGGUUGACAGCAUUCAUUCCUUGCCCGCCUCCGUUCUGCAUAUGGUGAAGACUACGUUUACACACUGUAAGGAAAGUGAGAUGUUGUACAGUGGGCGGAUGCACCUUGUAGCUGACCUCCUGCAGGCAUUGUUUAAAGAGGCGUAUUCACUUCAGAAACAGCUAAUGGAGCUUCUGGAUCGAAUUGUUCUUGAACCAGAGGCGUCCGAGGAGGAGGUGGUAGACAUGGUGUCAGUUCUUCACAAUAUGCUUGAAAUCUGUUCAGUCAUUUCCAACAUGGACCAUGCCCUGCAUGCGAACACUUGGAAGUUUGUCAUUAAGCAAAGCCUCAAGCAUCAGUCAUUACUAGAAAACCAUCUAAGGCACAAUGACAUUGUCUGUAGCUUAUGCCAGGAUAUUCUUAUUACCUUUCACUCCUGUCUGCAGCUGGCUGAGCAGAUGAAGCUGUCAGGAUCACAGGAAGACCUGAACAGUGCAGAAUACAAAUUGUUUCAGAAAACUCUGAAGCUUUCUCGAUUCUUUGGCAACACUCUAGUACACUACACUAAGGAGUGCAUGGCUUUCCUUGCUAAAUCAUGCAGCAGUUUGCACCAGCUAUGUCUUCAAAUUUAUAGCAAAGUUUCACCAGGGGCAUACUCCUCGUCUGUGCCUGAAACUCUCAGGGAGGAACUCGCUCGCUCUCUCCUUGUACCGAUGGACCCUCUCAUUGUUCAGCUGCUGUCCUACAGACCCUUUGUGGAAGUGGUUUUAGAAAGAAAUCAAGAGCUUCCUGCGGACCUGACAGCUGCACAUUGCCUCUUGUUAAUUAGCAUCAUGAACAAACUUCAGUCUGAGCCAGAGGAGGUACAGAAUCUGUGGUGCAGAGGCAGUCAGUUUCCGGAGGACAGCAACAGGUCUUCCGUGAUCCAGGCUUUAUUUCUCAUUUUUCAGGGGUGCUACGUUGAACUUGCCCUCCCACUUCUUGUACCUGGAGUGUCAAGUAAAGGCCAGGCUCAGAAUGACAUCUCACUUUACCAGCAUGUUUGUGUUCACCUUUGUGCUUUUAUUGCAUCACUGCCAGCCCCUCAUUUUCCAGAGCUGGAACGUUCCCUGCUGGAGGCUGUACUUUGCCCAGACAUUUCCACUGUAAUGCUCGCUGUUGAUGCGUGGUGCUUCCUUGCACGAUAUGGAACUGCAGAACUCUGUGCCUAUCACGUCACUUUAAUAGCACAUAUGAUAAAGCGCUGUCCCGGGAGCGGUCAGCAGGUGACACACUUAGCAUUAUUGCUGAGGCGAAUGCUCUUUCUUAUGGCUGCAGAUCAUCAGGUAGAAUUUGUAAAAGAGUUCUGCUCGAGUGAGACAGAAAACCUGGUCCUCUGGCAACAUAUUUCCAUCAAAGCACUGACUCCUGCACUCAGAAAGCAAGUGAUGCAGGAUAUCAUUACGGGUGUGACUACUCAGUGCUCCACAUGGUUCAACAGUGGCUGCUGCUUGCAAGAACUGGAGCUAGUGGGUAAGACUUUUGACUUUUCAUCGCACGCUAUUGACUUGACUGGUUCUAAAUGGUUUAACACUGAUAAAAGGAAGGUGGCUUCUGACUUUAAUGAAGCGAAUAGUUCGGAUAAAGGAUGGGAUAUCUUGCUUAAAGAACAACUUAGCGGUUGUGAAGAUGAGUGUGGGACUAAUUUUCACAAUAGAAUUAGUAAUACAUGCGACUUAACAGUCUGUGCAGAUUUGAAUAUGUUUAGUGAUUCAAAGCAAGUUGAAAAUAUUAGUAAUACUAUUAUCCCUACGUCAGAAGUUAUUAAUGAUGAAAUUUUCAUCUUGUAUAAUACAGUGAACAGUCAUAGUAUGUGUGUAGAUGAAAUAUGUACUACCAAUGUUAACAUUUUAAGUGAAUCAAUUUGCUUGAAAGAUAAUAUGGGUUUCAGUGAACUCACAACUACAAAUGUUAAUAUGUGUUAUUCUAAUAUUUUAGAGAUGGAAUCAUUAGUUCAAGAACCUGUGGAAUUUAACAGAGAAUUAAUGGGUGUGGAUCCUUUAAUGAAUUUAAGUGUACAUCUGCCUAUUAAUAUGAGUAAUGAAGAUAGUAAUGCACUUAACAUGUUAAUUGUACCUGAUGUAGAUUCAUUUAUCACAGAAUUUAUUGAUAAUAAUGUGAAUCAAUUAGAUAAUUUGUGUAUUGAUAUGAGAUGCACCAAUGUUAGUUUGGGUUUUAAAGAAUGUGGAUUUAAUUUUAUUCCUUCUAGGAAAGGGAAUAUGGUGGAUUUAUUGAUGGAUUUAAAACUUUUACGAAAAAUGAAUUUAAAGCAACAUUUUAAUGAUGAUAAUUUUAUAAAUACAGAUCAAAGAAAUAAAUUGGUAAAACCAAGUAUAUUUAACCCUGUAAUGAAUCCCACUGUAACCUUAUUUGAAAGAUUAUGUGAACAAAACAUAAGACAAUAUUAUAAUAAUAAUAAAUGGAACAAAUCUUAUAACAAUAUGACAGAUAGAGAAUAUGAAAUACUUGAAGAAAUAAGCAAUAUGAGCAAUGUUAGAAUCAUGAAACCGGAUAAGGGUAAUGGUGUGGUGAUAACUAAUAAGCAAGACUAUAUUAGUAUUUUGAUGGCUAUGCUCUGUGAAGACAACUACACUGAAAUGAGCUUGAAUGAGAUAAAUAUAGCCUUUAGAAGAAUAGAUAUGAAUUUGGAAGACAUGCUUAUGCAGGAUGAGAUCAAUGAAGAUGAUUAUGAAUAUUUAUUGAACAAGUUUCGUAUUCUUUAUGUAAACAAUCAGCUGGCAGGGGUAGCCAAACAUUCAGCCAGUAUUCCAAACCCUUUGGAAUUUAUAGAUGUUGUCACAUGUACGCUCCCUGCCCAAGGUGUAGGGCAUGAAGGUGGCAUAUGGACGUACAUGCCUCAGAACUACUUUGCCAUCAGUCCAGUCGCCAUCAUUGAAUGUGGAUCUGAACACUCCUUUUCCUGUGCUGGUUACCGAGCAGUGUUUCAGGUUUUGAAUCAACCCACUAUUCAAAAAACACUGCGACUACUACUUCACCUCACAGCCAACUUUAUAAAGACAACACUGGCUCAUUUAGUACCACAGGUUGUUUCUUUUCUGGACAUUUUCUACCCCUCAAAUCCCACAGAUGACAUCCAGGUGGCAAUUGGUGAUUUUUUGGCAUCACUGGGGAAAAUAUUUCUACCUCCAGAUUGCCAGGCCCAAGUGAUUCCAAAGUUGUCAAGCUUGUUUGCAUCACUUUUAGAGAACAGAUCCUGGAUAGUCUUUCAGCAUGUCUUGGAGGCAUUUGUGCAAUUUGCAGAGGAGACAAGUCAUGAAGAAGUAGUUCCGCAAAGCUUACUGAAGGUUGAAGUGAAAAGUAAAGUUAUCAGUUUCUUGAAUAAGACACUGCCACUAGUAGCAUGUGAUGAAGAGUCACAACUUGACCGUUUAAAACAGGAGAAGUCUGUUUUACAUGCACAUUUCUGUAGAAUCAGAUCUAAUGUCCUAGACGACAAGCCAGAAGAUUUUCAGCCUUCAUCUAAACGUGCUCGACAAGAGACAGCAGAGGAAGGUCAGUUUGAAACAGCAUUAGAUAUGGCAGAAAGUGGUUUGCAUUCUCUGGAGUCCCUGUUGCUGUCCAGUCCUGCGCCAAGCUGGGUGGCAUUGAGAUUACAGGCCCUUCAGACUUUAGUAGACAAGUUAAAUAGCAAAGUACAACAGAACUUGUUAACACAGACGACUCCUCUGAUCAGUGAUGUUUAAGAAUUGAAUGAAGGUGGACCCACAGAAGCAUCUUUAAAGCUGUUUCUUAACUUUAAUAGAAGACCAUAAAGACUGCUACGAGUGAUUUCUUUAAGCCAGCAUCUGCCAUUGUGUGCUGUGCAAGCCUUCUUUCACUGGUGACGUGGAUGGUAGUGGCUUUGUUAUGCUUACAUGGAUUUCGGGAUACUACAUGCUUUGGUUAAAUAGAUGUGGCCUUUUUUUCCCACUAGUUCGUGUUAGCAUUCAUUGGCAGUUUGGGUGCCUGCAACUCUCAGUGCUUGUUUGUAUGACAGCUAAAACAAAGAAAGAUAUUCUCUCCGCAUUUGUUACUGGAUUUUGAAUAAUAUUGUACAUAUUUUCGUGUUUAUACAGAUGUUUGGAAGAUACGUCACACAUAAAGUUAAUCUGUUGUAACUUUAAUUUAUCCAUAUCUGUGAAGGAAUGUUUCCUACAUGGGUGGGGUGAGCACUAUUUUAAAUACACUGUUUUUUUUUAA